CCAUUGUUUUGCUUGUGCAUGUGACCCUAUUUGUUUUUUGCUCAUCAAAAGGCUUGUUACCAUUCCCUCUUUAUCCCUAUAUAAAGGCAUUAAGCCAUUCAUCUAUUCACAGAUACUCUUUACAAUUGCUUGAACCUCUCAGAAGCAAAUGAGGAUUAUUCACAGCCUCGCAUGUUUGGUUCUCACCUUCAUCUCCUUCAAUCCUUGUAAAGCAGAACAAGCACAAACUAUUUUGAAUUCCCUCAGCAUUGACCAAAUCCUACAGAAAAUAUAUGAAUGGGGAAAUGGUGCACAAGGGUUCCAAGAAGGCCAGAUUCAAAUUUCAGGCCCUAUAGUGGUGGCAGGAGUGCUGUGUUUCAUAGCUUCUUCAAUAUCUAGUGCUGGUGGAAUUGGUGGUGGUGGACUUUUCUUACCAAUAUUAACUAUUGUGGCUGGCCUAGACCUCAAAACAGCUUCAAGUUUGUCAGCUUUCAUGGUCACAGGAGGGUCAAUUGCAAAUGUCUUAUGCAAUCUUUGUGCCACAAGUCCUAAAUUUGGUGGCAAGUCAUUGAUUGACUAUGACAUAGCACUUUUGUCAGAACCAUGUAUGCUGCUGGGAGUGAGUGUUGGAGUCAUAUGCAACCUUGUCUUCCCAGAAUGGUUGAUUACUAUGCUGUUUGCUGUUUUCCUCACUUGGUCUACCUCAAAGACCUGCAACAGUGGAGUGCUGUUUUGGAAGAUUGAGUCAGAAGAGAGAAGGAAAAAUGAUGGAUUUGAAGGGCUUGAAAAAGGACUAUUGGAAGAUGGGAGCUCUGAAGAAAGGGAAGAGAGAGUUCAGGUGAACAAUGAAAAGGCAGGGAUGAAAAGUAUUGAAGAACAAGUUAUGGUUCCUGAAGAAAAUAUUAGGAUGAGGAUACCUUGGUUGAAAUUGGUGGUCUUACUCUUGGUCUGGCUCUCUUUCUUCUCCCUCUAUCUUCUUCGUGGAAACAAAUAUGGACAGAGUAUCAUUCCAAUGGAGCCAUGUGGUGUGGGAUACUGGAUUCUUUCAUCAGCUCAAGUCCCUCUUGCUUUAUUUUUCACUGCUUGGAUUGUAUAUAGAAAAGAAAGCCAUCAAGACCAAAAUCUCAUGCAAGAGGAUCCAUGCCUAUCCUCAAAUGGACCAUCAAACAAGCUUAUUUUUCCAAUGAUGGCACUGCUAGCAGGGAUAUUGGGUGGUGUCUUUGGAAUUGGAGGUGGAAUGCUGAUAAGUCCACUUCUUCUACAUGUUGGAAUAGCUCCAGAGGUGACAGCAGCAACAUGUUCUUUCAUGGUUUUCUUCUCAUCCACCAUGUCAGCCUUGCAAUACCUAUUAUUGGGCAUGGAUCACAUAGAGACUGCCCUCAUCUUGGCCCUAAUAUGUUUUGUUGCAUCACUUAUUGGGUUAUUAGUGGUGCAGAGAGCAAUUCAAAGCUAUGGAAGACCAUCCUUAAUAGUAUUUUCGGUUAGCAUAGUGAUGACUUUAAGUAUUGUUCUAAUGACUAGCUUCGGAGUCAUUCGAACUUGGAAAGACUAUACAUCAGGUAGAUACAUGGGAUUCAAACUACCCUGCUGAAAAACAAUUUUGCUGAAUUAUUAUCUGAUAGUAUUCUAGUCCUUUAUCUCGCUAAAUUCGCGUGUCAACAUCAGAGUAUAGUUAUCAAUGGAGUAAAAUUUUUGGACCUUUUGGAUUUCAUGCAAAACUUGUUACUAAGGAAGCCUGGCAUUUUUUGGCUGUUAUGAUAUUCUUAGAUUUAUGUCGUGUGCAAGAACACAUAACAACUUCCAGAAAAAGAGAUAAAUAAAAAGUGACAUCGUUGUUGAAAGAAAUUCUCUUGACAUGUUUUGUCAAAAUAA